CUAUAUGAGAUAUGAGGUUGAACUAAGAUAAAAGAAUUAUUUAAAAAAAAACCUAAAAGAAAAGAAAAAAUGGUAUAUUUUGUGCCCGAGACAGCGAUGUGUUUUUGAAAUUAGUUAGCCGCUACAAAUUUUGCAAUUAACGCCAUAAUUCACAUGCUCAAAUCCAAAUGCUCCAACAUUUUCAUCAACCAUGGAAAGCUUCGAUUUUCCUCGGCUUCUGCAACAACAACAGCGAGAGAAACUUUUCUUUCCUCGGAAUCUGACGCGAAUUGCAAUUCCAAUGAACCAAACUCGUCUACUCAAGAAUCUGAAUCUUCUUACGUUCUCCAUUUUGACCCCAAACGCUUUAUAACUUUAUUUUUGAGUUGCAGAAAUCUCUUCCAGGUUAGGCAAGUUCAUGCCCAGAUUGCUUCCAACGGCGCAUUCAGAAACCUCGCCGUUGCCAAUAAACUUCUUUUUAUGUAUGCCCAACAUGGAGCCUUGGAGGAUGCUCAUGUACUGUUCGAUGAAAUGACUGAGAGAGAUCCUUAUAGCUGGAGUGUAAUAGUUGGUGGGUAUGCUAAAGUUGGGGAUUUUUCUUCUUGUUUUUGGAUGUUUAGGGAGCUGCUUCGUUAUGGGAUGCCGUUAGAUAACUAUACCGCGCCGAUUGUUAUAAGGGCUUGCAGGAAUUCGAAGGGCCUGCAAUUUGGUAGGCUUAUUCACUGUGUCACUUUGAAAUGUGGGUUGGAUUAUGAUCACUUUGUUUGUGCGUCCCUUGUUGAUAUGUAUGCUAGAUGUAAAGUGAUAGAGGAUGCCCGCCAAGUGUUUGAUAAAAUGCAGAAGAGAGACCUUGUGACAUGGACAGUGAUGAUUGGUGCCUUGGCUGAAUGCAAAAGUGCUGUUGAGUCAUUGGCUUUGUUUGAUAGGAUGAGGGAUGAAGGUAUUGUACCUGAUAAGGUGGCGUUGGUAACUGUUGUUUAUGCUUGUGCAAAGUUGGGGGCCAUGAACAAGGCCAGGGCAAUCCAUAACUAUAUUAAUGGAACCAGAUUUUCUUUGGAUGUAAUUUUAGGAACAGCAAUGAUCGAUAUGUAUGCGAAAUGUGGGAGUGUUGAUUCCGCAAGGGAGAUUUUUGAUCAGAUGCAAGUGAGGAAUGUGAUUACAUGGAGUGCCAUGAUUGCAGCCUAUGGAUAUCAUGGACAAGGUGAGAAAGCGCUCGAGUUACUCCCCAUGAUGUUAAGCAGCGGAAUAUUGCCAAAUAGGAUCACCUUUGUCUCGUUGUUGUAUGCUUGUAGUCAUGCCGGUCUUAUUGAAGAGGGCCAGAGAUUUUUUUUCUCAAUGUGGAACGAUUAUGGUGUAAGACCGGAUGUUAAACACUAUACGUGCAUGGUUGAUCUCUUGGGUCGAGCAGGGAGGUUGGAUGAGGCCUUGGGAUUGAUAGAAAGCAUGGCAGUGGAGAAAGAUGAGGGACUAUGGGGAGCAUUGCUGGGGGCAUGUCGGAUUCACCAGCAUUUAGAUUUGGCCGAAAGAGUAGCUAGAUCUCUUCUCGAGCUGGAGCCACAGAACCCAGGGCAUUAUGUAUUGCUUUCAAACAUAUAUGCAAAUGCUGGUAAGUGGGAGAAUAUGGCAAAAACAAGAGAUCUGAUGACCAAGGGUGGACUAAAGAAGAUUCCUGGAUGGACAUGGAUUGAGGUGGAUGAAAAACUCUAUCAAUUCAGUGUUGGAGAUAAAACACAUCCCAGGUCAAGUGAGAUCUACAAGUUGCUGAAACGAUUAGGCGAGAAGAUUGAGUUGGCUGGCUACGUCCCAGACACAAAAUGUGUGCUGCAUGAUGUUGAUGAGGAAGUAAAGCAAGGACUUCUUUAUGCACACAGUGAAAAGUUGGCAAUCACAUUUGGUUUAUUAGCCAUACCUCAAAACUAUCCUAUAAGGAUUACAAAGAAUCUUAGAGUUUGUGGUGACUGCCAUACAUUUUGCAAGUUUGUAUCAUCUGUUGAACAGAGAACGAUCAUACUACGCGACGCCAACCGUUUUCACCACUUCAAGGAAGGGGUUUGUUCAUGCAGAGACUAUUGGUAAUUUGUUGCUUCUACCUUGUCGAAGGUCAGUUUAUUCUCUUGUUGUUUAGAACACAAUUAAUUGUUUGAUUGAAAGCUCUCCCUUGAACAUAUACGAAUGGUCAGUGGGGUUUUGUUAUAAGAUUGGUAGAAAGAAAAUGAUUAUAAAUCUAGUCCCCAUCUAACUAAUAGUUGUUUCCUCGAGAUAAUUUGUUCCAUGUUAAGGAAUACGAGAUGGAUCACUAACCUAUAAAUGUAG